CACGUGGCUUUGGCAUGCGCGUUGUUGGCGGCAAAACUGGUGCGGAUGGCCGCCUAUUCGCCUACAUUGUGUGGACGGUGCCCGGUGGACCGGCGGAAAAGAAUGGACUACAGCAAGGCGAUAAGAUACUCGAGUGGAAUGGCAUGUCGCUGAUCGAUCGCAGCUUCGAAGAAGUCUGCUCCAUUAUGGAUCGCACUGGCGACAUAGUCGAGCUGCUUGUCGAACACGCCACCGACUUUCGCAUGUGUGAUCUAUUCGAUGAAAAUCUACCACCGGGCAAUAGCGGCAAUCAAAGUGGUCCGCGACGUUCUGGCGACGGUCCAGUUGGACUGGGCUUAAUUGCGGACCCUGAAACAACAACAGACAAAUCACCGGCAUCGCCGACCAGACGGAAAUUACCCAAAACUCCGGUAUAAAAUCCUCAACAAAAUAGCUUAGCAACUCAAGAAUAAUUAAGAUUUAUUUUAUGAGCGUAUUUUUACGUUGGCUAUACACUGAAAUUCCCUUGUCCGUGCAUGCACACCUUAGUGAAGAGCUUUAAUUUCGUAAAGCUCUGGCGGCACGUAAGGCACGGAAGACUUAUUAUGUGUGAACGUGAGAAAGUUUUUAAGCGCAAAAGUGAAAGCCAAUCGUAGCUUUGUUUGCGUAAAGCUUCUUUACCGAAACAAAUAAAGCUUCUUUGUCAAGGAAAAACUAGUAUUGAAAUAUAAAGUAUUUAAGAAAACCGUGUAUUAAAAAAGAAUUUAAAGCGAGGAAGUAGGCAACUACGCAGGAAGUUGAAGAAUCAGUAGUCGCAAAUAAACACUUCUAAUUUCC